AAUUUGUCCCAAAAUAAACUUUCAAACAUCAACAAUCUAAUGAGUGAUGUAUGGUGGAGGGGGCUCACACCCUGAUCAGUAAACACUCCCUAACUUCUUUAUUUGUCUUUUUCUGAUCGUUUGUAAUAUUUAAAGUUAUGACGUCACACCGCCGGUACAGCAGGUGGCGACACACAGCUUCAACACUGGUCUGUGGGCGGACAGUGAAACAGAAGAAGAAGAAGAAGAGCCGCUGCAGCAGCAGCAGAAGAAGAAGAAGAAGAGGAUGAUGAUGAUGAUGAUGAUGAACAUCCAGUAGCUGUUGUUUGACUGUUUUUAACGUUAACGGCAGAAAGAACCGGUACCGGCACUCUGACAGGUAAAAACACACACCGACACACCCUCCGUCUGUCGGACAGACCCACAGUCACAGGUCGCUCCGAGGCGGCCGCGCUGUCUGUGACGUGAAACGGUUUAACGGAGAGAAGCUAACGACAACAAGAUGACGGAAGCAGUCAUCAUGCUGUGAGGUCGCCGCCUCAUUGGCUCUGUGACGAGGAGGAGGAGGGGGAGGAGGAAGAGGAGGGGGAGGAGAUGGCGGCUGAACUUUACUCCACCAACCUCCCUCUCAGUAACGAGGAGGAGGUGAAGAAGAGUUUCAUCCAGCCCAACGAACCGGUGCCGCCGGCUGAAAACACCAACGAAGAAGACGACGUUCAGACGAGCAGCGACAGAGAGGACGGAGACAGCUGGCAGGAAACACAGCCCACACUCAGAGAGAGGAACGCUCUGAUGUUCAACAACGAGCAGAUGGCUGACGUUCACUUCAUCGUCGGUCCUCCAGGAGACACUCGGAGAGUCCCUGCUCAUAAGUACGUCCUGGCGGUGGGCAGUUCGGUGUUUGGAGCCAUGUUUUACGGAGACCUGGCUGAGGGACGAUCUGAGAUCCACAUCCCUGACGUGGAGCCAGCUGCUUUCCUCAUUCUGUUAAAGUACAUGUACAGUGAUGAGAUUGAGUUGGAGGCUGACACCGUGCUCGCCACGCUCUACGCUGCUAAGAAGUACAUCGUUCCUGCUCUGGCAAAGGCCUGCGUCACCUUUCUGGAGACAAGUCUGGAGGCAAAGAAUGCCUGCGUCCUUCUGUCUCAGAGUCGGCUGUUUGAGGAGCCUGAGCUGACGCAGCGCUGUUGGGAGGUGAUCGACGCUCAGGCGGAGCUCGCUCUGCGAUCUGAAGGCUUCUGUGAGAUCGACCUGCCCACACUGGAGAUCAUCCUGCAGAGAGAAUCGCUCAACGUCCGUGAGGUCGUGAUCUUCCAAGCGGUGCUGAACUGGGCGGCGGCUGAGUGUCGACGUCAGGGCCUGCCGGUGAACCCCAGGAACCAGCGGGCAGUGCUGGGUAAGGCUCUGUACCUGGUCCGGAUCCCCUCCAUGACGCUGCAGGAAUUUGCAGACGGGGCGGCGCAGUCAGACGUCCUGCUGCUGAAAGAGACUCACGAUGUCUUCCUGUGGUUCACUGCCUCCAGGAAACCAAGACUGGAGUUCCCCCUGGUGAAGCGGGCUGGACUGGCACCGCAGAGGUGCCACCGCUUCCAGUCCUCAGCCUACCGCAGCAACCAGUGGCGUUACAGGGGGCGAUGCGACAGCAUCCAGUUCGCAGUGGACCGGCGGAUCUUCAUAGCUGGACUGGGUCUGUAUGGGUCGAGUGGUGGGAAAGCUGAGUACAGCGUGAAGAUCGAACUGAAGAGGCAGGGAACCGUUCUGGCUCAGAACCUCACCAAGUUCCUGUCUGAUGGAUCAAGCAGCACCUUCCCUGUGUGGUUUGAACACCCGGUCCAGGUGGAACAGGACACCUUCUACACUGUCAGCGCUGUGCUGGACGGAAACGAGCUGAGUUACUUUGGUCAGGAGGGGAUGACCGAGGUGCAGUGUGGGAAAGUGACCUUCCAGUUCCAGUGUUCAUCGGACAGCACCAACGGCACCGGGGUGCAGGGGGGGCAGAUCCCCGAACUGGUCUUCUACUGCUGAACCAGAACCUGACAGACUCAGAGCCUUUCAUCAAUCAGGAAGCUAGAAGCUGAUUGGACGGUGGAGGUGGAACUGGAAGCUCACUGGACUGGAGUCAUGAGUGAAAAGUAAAGUGACUGAAACUAAACGUGUGUUGCUGCUUCUCUGGGGUGAAGUCCUGCUGGAGGGACUGUUUGAUGUUGUAGAUUCUGACAGCAGCCACCAGGUGUCACUGGAGAGCAGGGUCUUAUAGCUUGAGACCUUGUAGUUGACAGUGAUUGGUGGGAAAUGUAGUUCCGUAGAUGCACUUUGAGAAGCCGUGUCCUGCAGCUCCUGAGGAUCCACAGCUCAUUGUUUCCUUCUUUGACAUGAUUCUGUUUGUUUAUGUUUUAUAUCUAAAAUGUAUUUGACCCCAAACUCUGAUUUGAUUUAAACCUGAAAAAAUUCACAUGGAGUCAGAGAUUAAAUGUUCUGUUUCAUUUUCUAUUCAAACAUCAGUGAUGUUCGAUAUUUACCUUUCAUACUUCUGGAACCUUUUUAGUUUGAGGUCAGAGCGUUGUGUUUCUGUUCGUUCAGAUUUAAAGUUAAACUCUGCAGAAUUCUCUGAAUAACUACGUACAGACUCAGAAUCAUGACAAAGGACCCUCCCAGUGUGUUGGUGUAUUUAUCAGUCUGGAUUUUAUUAUUUACUUCUUAUUUCCUGUAUUUGGAUGUUUCUGGGUGUGUACCCUCACAGCACUCAGAUGAGGGCGGGGCUUAAUAAAAAGGUAGUGACCAGGUGUCAGACUGUAGGCAGCCAGGGUCUCAUUAAUAAAACGUAGGAUCCAGACUAAAGAUGUACGCACAGACAAAAGCCAAAAAUGGUGUGCACCAAAAAAUAUUCAACAAUUUCUACAAUCAGGCUCCACCUCACCGCCUGCGUCACCAAUUUCCCGUCUCCUAAAUGUUUGUAAGAAUGGGUCAAAGUUUCUCUUUUCCGUGGGAAGUGGCGUACGCCUCUUUCAAGCCUCGUUUUUGUGCGUACACAGUCUUUAUAAUUGAGGUAUCUGUUGAGGUAAUUGAGGUAAACCCCAGGUAUCUCAGAAAUGACAAAUGUCAGUGAAUGUGGGGUUUUAAUAUGACUGGUGUUUAAAAACAGUAACCGAUGAUCCUGCAGAGUUCACCUUUAAAUGUUCGUCUCACGAUGAUCAAGUUUCAUCCAAAUUUAGCUUGAAUAUGAACUGAAUCUCCAGAAAGAAAAUUAAAGUAAAAUAAACCCUGACUGA